AUGGCAAAUACUUAUGUCACUGCACCUGAUGGGUACUGUCUUGCUGAACACGUGCAGUACUAUAGUAUUUUGCCGGAACAAAUCAGUUAUCAGCUGCAGUAUCCUGAUUUUCAAGAAUCACCUUAUUGCCAGUAUUCUACUGUCCAGUUUCCUCCAGCUCUACAGUCCCAAUCUUUACAAAGUCAUUUCAACACUUAUAGCUUGGAUCCACAGUUCAGUGGUAGAGAGAGUGGACCUGGUUCCUGUGAAUUAAAUAGACCCGCUGAUGUGGUUGUCCACGAUGCUGAAGAUGGAUACUCUGAAAUAAAAAUGUCCCGACUAACUCAUUCUUCCAUGCAAAUUAAGGGACAGGAAGAACUCUGUGUAGUUUGUGGUGAUAAAGCAUCAGGAUAUCAUUAUAAUGCACUUACUUGUGAAGGUUGCAAAGGUUUUUUUCGACGUAGCAUCACCAAAAAUGCAGUAUAUAGUUGCAAGAAUGGUGGUCACUGUGAAAUGGACAUGUAUAUGCGUAGAAAAUGUCAAGAGUGCAGACUGAAAAAAUGUAAGGCAGUAGGAAUGUUGGCAGAAUGUUUGCUCACAGAGAUCCAAUGCAAAUCAAAGAGACUUCGAAAGAACUUUAAGCAGAAGAGUAGUUUCUACUCUAACACCAAAGUGGAAGAAGAAGGAGUAGACAACAAGCUUGUGUCAUCCACUACUAGAUCUGGAAAAGUGAUUCAGAAAAGCAUGGAACUAACUCAGGAGGAACAUCAGCUCAUUAAUAACAUUGUGACUGCUCAUCAAAAAUAUACAAUUCCUUCAGAGGAAACAAAGAAAUUUCUGCAGGAGUAUACAAAUCCUGAACUGAGUUUUUUGCGACUCUCAGAGACAGUAGUCCUACACGUACAGGGCUUAAUGGAUUUUACCAAGGGACUCCCAGGGUUUGAAAAUUUGACCAAUGAGGAUCAGACUGCAUUACAGAAGGGAUCAAAAACUGAAGUGAUGUUCCUUCACACAGCCCAACUUUACAGUCAGAAAGAAUGUUUGUCAUCAGCUUCUGAAAGUAUUUCUGAGGAAUUUAUUACCACACUGUUUUACUUCUACAGAAGAAUGAGUGAGCUUAAUAUUACUAAUACUGAAUAUGCUCUCCUUGCAGCAACAACUGUGUUUUUUUCAGGUAAAAACCAUUCAGCAGUAAAAGUUUGGAUUAAGCGUGGCAACGACAGCAUGAAGUUUGUGGUUAUUAUUCACUGA